AUGACGCACUCGACUGCAAAGGCUAUUGCUUUUGCUUCCACAAAGGACUGGAAUAUUGGAGGAAAAUUCACUGCUAAGGCUACGGAUUCCACCACGAUGGAAAUUUCAGGCGGAUACUCUUCCUCCUCCAGUGAAACGAUCACCAGGACGGAUUCCUUUGAGGACAGCGUUACCUGCCCAGCUUUUACAGAGUACCGCUUUGAAACAAGAUCCUUCUUGGUUGAGAUAACUGGCAUCUGUCGCAAUCUGCCUGUUGUUGACUGCUCUUAUGGUAAUACCGUGAUGUGCGAUGAUCGAAGCAGAUGGGCGAACUCUUGUGAUCUAUACAAAAAGCACUCGGACAAGUGUGACACUGAGCCAGAUUCUGAUUGCACGGUUUCGUUCCCAGUUCUUGAAUCCGACGGGCAGUUAAUGAAACAGAUUGCUUUGGUGACCAGCAACCUGAAAAAAACCAUGAAACAGCGAAUUUGGGGGAUCACAUAG